CCAUCCAUCCCGUCCGUCCGUUCGUCCGUCCGAGCCGGCGCCGCGCGAGUUAUCCCCGUGCCGUGCGCGCUGCUCGACUCGACGAUAGCCAGCGAGCGACAGCGUGCAGCGGCCAAAGCCAAACUCCGCCCCCCUCCCUCCAAUCCCCCCUCACCCAUGGCUGCUCUCCUCCGCACGGCCGCCGCGCUCGCGCCGCCGCCGUCUCCCGCCCGGGAUCCGCGCCGGCCGUCCUCCGCCGCCUCGUCGCUCGCCUUCGCCAGGCGCGCGGCGGCGCGGCCGCUCCGGGCGCAGCCGCUCCUGCCGCCCGCGGCUCGGCGAGUCCCUGGCUUCGUCGCGGGCCCGCUGCUGCGGCGGCGGCCGCGGGUAGGAGCCACCGAGGCUGACGAGGCCGCGCAGACGGCGACUGAGGAGGAUUCUGAAACUGGAGAAACUGGUGCAGAUGAUGCCGCUGCAGCCACAGAAGAAACUCCCUCUGUUAUUGUCACAGCAUUGCAAUCAUACAAGGAAGCUUUGAUUAAUGAUGAUGAAACAAAAGUCGCUGAGAUAGAGGACUUUUUAUUCUCUAUUGAGGAGGAGAAAAAUUCUCUUUUGAGCAAAAUCAGUACCUUAGGUGCAGAAUUGACAACUGAGCGAGACCGUAUCUUGAGGAUAAGUGCUGACUUUGAUAACUACAGGAAAAGGGUAGAAAGAGAGAAGCUUUCGUUGAUGACAAAUGUGCAAGGGGAAGUUAUAGAGAGCUUGCUGCCUGUCCUCGACAACUUUGAAAGAGCAAAAACACAAAUAAAGGUGGAAACUGAGCAAGAAACAAAAAUAAACGACAGCUAUCAGAGCAUUUAUAAGCAAUUUAUUGAUAUUCUGAACUCACUAGGAGUUGAAGAUGUGGAGACUGUUGGCAAACCAUUUGAUCCUAUGCUUCAUGAGGCUAUUAUGAGAGAAGAAUCAGUGGAGUAUGAAGAAGGGGUCAUCCUUCAGGAAUUUCGUAAGGGUUUUAAACUUGGGGAGAGAUUAUUGCGCCCUGCUAUGGUCAAGGUGUCUGCAGGACCAGGCCCUGAAAAACCCGUGUAUGACGAUCCUGCGAUGGUUGAAGAUAGUGUAGCACCUCAAAAGGUCAAGGAGGCUGAAGAUGAUGGUUUUGAUGAUGAUAAUGCUGAGUGAUGGGGCUUUAUUUUUUAUUUCACAGGAAAAGUCCAGAAAUUUUGAUGUUUUUCUGGAAUGUGUCAAGCAGGUAAUAGGAUAGAGUUAGAAAUUUGACUCAAAAUUUCCCCCUUCCUGCUGUUGACGCUGAGUGUUGAUAUUGCCUCAAAAUUUCUGUUUCCUCCGCGUGUGGUCAAUUGUUAUGGUUAGGAAAUUUUCUCCGUUCAUCGAGCAGUUGCAAUGAUAAGCAGAGGUAAAUUGGUUUUUGAUCGGUUGGGAGUAUUGGAGAUCAUGUAAAACAACAGUAGUAGAGAAUUCGAUCAGCUCUUUUGUUUUUUCUUGUUUCCAA